AUAUUCCCUAGAUGCCGAGUCCCACGGAGGCUUCUUUGCGGGUCGAGCCUUAGGACUAGCAGUGAAGCCCCUUGCAGUCGUGCGUUCCCCGAGCUAGCCAGAGUACAAGACUGCAAGCCCCACAGCCUUGCAGAUCUUCCUGUAAAGAAGAGGGGGGCGUUCACGCAUUCCUUUCGUGAAAGGCCUGGUACUUUGGUUCCAAAGCUCUCGUUUCCUUGGGGAACAGAACUGUUAGGCGCAGCAGGUGCGCUGUCUUUAGUCUUCCCCAUCCCACCUACGGCCCAAAGGGGUUAAAUCCUGGCUCCAGUAACUUGGGAGAAGGAAGCUAUAAUUUCUCAGUAUGUUUCCACUGACUGAAGAAAACAAGCAUGUGGCCCGGUUGUUGUUCAGUUCUGGUACCUGUCCGAGAUGUAUCUUCAGAUUCUGUGGUGUGGAUCUUCAUGGACCUUACAAACGCCCAUCCAAGGAGUUGUUCAAUGAUCUACAGAAAUUUCUAGAAACUGAAAAAGAUGAGUUAAUUUUGGAGCUUCCAAACCCACCACUGAAGAAAAUUCGUCUUCAAGAAGACGGAAUGGAUAAUUUGAGUGGAAAUGGAGAAGAGGGGAGCUCUGCCACAGAAGAUGAAAUCAUUGCCUCUGAGGCUUCAGAUUUGCGUGUAUGCAAUGUUUGCUUAGGAAUCCUUCAAGAGUUCUGCGAGAAAGAGUUUGUAGCAAAGGUGUGUCAAAAGGUUGAAGCCUCUGGGUUUGAAUUCACCAGCAUGGUUUUAUCGGUUUCCUUCCCACCACAGCUGUCUGUGAGAGAGCAUGCAGCAUGGUUGCUGGUAAAACAGGAAAUAGGAAAACAGAGUCUGCCUCUGGGAAGAAACGAUUUAGUUCAGCUGAAAGAAGCCUACAAAUGGAUAACUCACCCCCUGUUUUCAGAGGGACUGGGAAUUCCCAUUGAUGGAAAGAGCUUGUUUGAAGUGAGUGUGGUCUUUGCUCAUCCAGAAACAGUUGAGGAUUGCCACUUCCUAGGUGAAGUUUGCCCAGAUUGUUUCAAACCAGCCAAAAACAAACAGUCAGUGUUCACCAGAAUGGCCGUUUUGAAAGCUUUGAACAAGAUAAAAGAAGAGGAUUUCUUCAAGCAAUUUCCUUGUCCUCCAAACUCACCAAAGACUGUAUGCACUGUCCUUGAAAUUGAAUGUACUCAUGGUGCUGUUUUUGUUGCUGGCAGAUAUAAUAAAUACUCUAGGAAUCUACCACAAACUCCUUGGAUAAUUGAUGGAGAAAGGAAAAUGGAAUCUUCGGUAGAAGAACUAAUUUCAGAUCAUCUGUUGGCAGCAUUCAAAGCAGAGAGUUUUAAUUUCUCAUCCUCUGGAAGAGAAGAUGUAGAUGUGAGAACUUUAGGAAAUGGAAGGCCUUUUGCAGUGGAGCUGCUAAAUCCUCAUAGAGUGCGUUUCACUUCGCAAGAAGUUAAGGAGCUCCAGCAGAAAAUUAAUAAGUCAUCUGACAAAAUCCAAGUACGUGAUUUGCAGCUUGUCACCAGAGAGGCAAUAGGGUACAUGAAGGAAGGUGAAGAAGAGAAGACCAAGACCUACAGUGCCCUGAUAUGGACGAGUAAAGCCAUACAGAAGAAAGACAUUGGAUUUCUAAACGACCUAAAGGACUUAAAGAUUGACCAGAAAACACCUCUCCGGGUCCUUCACCGAAGGCCUUUGGCUGUGAGAACUCGGUCCAUUCAUUCUAUGGAGACACACUACCUGGAUGAGCAUCAUUUUCGUCUGUAUUUGAAGACCCAAGCUGGAACCUACAUUAAAGAAUUUGUACACGGAGACUUUGGGAGAACCAAGCCAAACAUCGGCUCUCUGAUGAACGUGACUGCAGACAUUCUUGAGCUAGAUGUGGAGUCUGUGGAUGUUGACUGGCCACCUGCUUUGGAUGACUAGCUCUCACAUUUGAACACUAAGGGUUUUCCUAACACGAUGCUCGUACAGGCAGCAUAUCCUGGAAGAUGACUUACUCACCACAACAGUGUCUUCAGAACGACCUGGAUCGUGUUGAUCUGUCCCAAAGCUCACUGUAACAUCUAGUACAUCUCAGGGUCUGUGCGUACAUAGAUCUCAGGGUCUGUCUGUAUGCAUAUUUUGUGUUCUGUCUUUUUUCAUUCCAUGUCUCGUGACCACAAAACCAAAAUAGGAAUAAUCCAACCAUUUUCCAUUUUGAUUCUGUCACUUAGAGAAGUGUGCAGGGGGAGAUGGUGUUAAGAGGAGCUGAGACUUCUUCCACCGAGGUUUCCUAAGGAGACACAAUACCUUUAAAAGAAUGUGCUCAAGUUUCCAGAUCAUCUGAAUAAACGCUACAACUAGA